AUGUCCACCUACGAUGUAGGAGCUGCUAACCUGCGCAAAGUGCUUCAGGGCGAAGAUCAGCUCGUGCGGUCCCAGUGGCCGCCAGCCACCGCCGCCCUGCUGGGCCGGCAUUCCCUGUCGAACCUGGCAGGGCCAGACCAUGCCCGCCUCAGGCGCAUGAUGCUCCCUGCCUUCACCCCUCGGGCGGUGCAAGGCUACUACCCCUUCAUCUCCAGCGCCACCUCGGCGGCCUUGGAGGCCUGGUGCGGCUCGGCAGACCCUGUCCUAGCCUAUAAAGCGGUGAACUCGCUGGCCCUGAAGAUCGCCAUUGGCGUGAUCGCGGGGACCGGUGGGCCCUGGAUGCAGGCCGAGGCGUUCCCUGCCUUCCAGCGCCUCGUGACGACGUGGCUGGAGGGCCUGUUUGCCUGGCGCAUAGACCUGUCUUGGACACGCUUCGGGAAGGCCCGCAAGGCACGAGCCGCCCUUGAUCAGAUGGUGCUCGAAAGCAUCGAGGCAUCACGCAGCGGGACAGAGUUCUGUGCCAUCAGGGUGAUGCUGGACGCCAGGGAUGAAAGGGGGGUGCCCUACUCGACCCUGGAGCUCCUGGACAACGUGAUGACCCUGCUCUUUGCCGGGCAUGACACCAGCGCCACUGCCAUGCUGUGCCUGCUGGAGGAGAUGCGGAAGCACCCAGAGGUAAUUGCGGAGCAUGGGGAGGAGCUGACCCCCACAGCCCUGGCAGCCAUGCCCCUGGCAGAAGGCUGGGUGAAAGAAAGCAUGCGCAGGACCCCGGUGGUGCCCAUCGUGCCGCGCACCGCCAUCCAGGGUUUUGAGGAGGGCGGAUUCUGGGUGCGACCCGGCCAGCCGGUGGUGGCUGGCCUGCGCUCCACCAUGCAGCUGGAUCCAAGGUUUGAGGGCAGCAAACCUCUGGCCUUCUGUCCAGAGCGGUGGAUGGCGCCAGAGGCAUCCAGGGACGCCGCGUGGAUGCCGUUUGGGGGCGGGCCCCGCCUCUGCCUGGGCAACCUCCUCUCCAUGGCGGAGCUCAAGAUCUUCCUGGCCCUGCUGACACGAAGGUACGACGUCGAGUUCUUGGACCAUGCGGAGGCAUGGCACUACAUCCCCCUGGCCCGGCCCCUGCGGGGAAUGCCAAUCCGCCUCAGACCCAGGCACCUCACUGGCAAAGCGCCCAGCGCCUAA